CCUGCUCGCGCUUUCGCUCGCGCUCUCCUCGCGGAUUGUGGGGGCUCUGACCACAGCCUGCGGCUGGGGAGGGUGACAGAGGCGGCGGCUCAGGGGAAACGAGGCUGCAGUGGUGGUGGUGGGAAGAUGUCGGGCGAGGACGAGCAGCAGGAGCAAACUAUCGCCGAGGACCUGGUCGUGACCAAGUAUAAGAUGGGGGGCGACAUCGCCAACCGGGUACUUCGGUCUUUGGUGGAAGCAUCCAGCUCAGGUGUGUCCGUGCUGAGCCUGUGUGAGAAGGGUGAUGCCAUGAUCAUGGAAGAGACAGGGAAGAUCUUCAAGAAAGAAAAGGAGAUGAAAAAAGGUAUUGCCUUUCCUACCAGCAUUUCAGUAAAUAACUGUGUGUGUCACUUCUCGCCUUUGAAGAGUGAUCAGGACUAUAUUCUCAAGGAAGGUCACUUGGUAAAAAUUGACCUUGGGGUCCAUGUGGAUGGCUUUAUCGCAAAUGUGGCUCACACUUUCGUGGUCGGUGUAGCUCAGGGGACCCAAGUGACAGGGCGGAAAGCAGAUGUCAUUAAGGCCGCUCACCUUUGUGCUGAGGCUGCCCUGCGCCUGGUCAAACCUGGAAAUCAGAACACACAGGUGACAGAAGCUUGGAACAAGGUUGCCCACUCAUUUAACUGCACACCAAUUGAAGGUAUGCUGUCCCACCAACUGAAGCAUCCUUUCAUGAGUUGUCCUCCUGUUGGGACCACACUUUACAAAAACACCGUGUUUUUGAAACGAGAUUACAGAGCAAGAUAG